AUGACCUCCCCUCCCCGUUCGCUCGAUCUGAGUGUAGAGAAGGGUGCUAUCGAUGACGAGGUUCCCCAAGCCGUCUUGAGUGCGGAUGAAGCUACCCUCCGACAGCUAGGCUAUAAGCAAGAGUUGCGUCGGACCUUCACACCUCUCGAGCUUUUCGGUGUUGGUUUCAGCAUCGUCGGCCUAUUCCCUUCUGUCGCGUCCGUUCUCGUAUACGCCAUCCCGAAUGGUGGGCCUUCAGCCAUGAUAUGGGGUUGGGCCGUAUGCACGAUUGGUCUCGUCGCCAUCUCCGCUGCGGUCGCUGAACUAGGUUCUGCCAUGCCGACGUCUGGUGGCCUCUACUACUGGACGUAUUCCUUCUCGUCGCCGCAGUAUAAGACCAUACUAGCGUGGAUGGUAGGCUACGCAAACACCAUCGGCAACCUGGCUAGCGUCGCAUCGGUGGACUGGGGCUUUUCAUUACAGUUGAUGGCCGCUAUCACAAUUGGCACAAAUGGGGCCUUCGUACCGACCAUAGGACAAACAUAUGGGGUGUAUAUAGCCACCUUACUCUUGCACGCCAUGAUCUGCGGUGCCGCAGUUAAAUACAUCGCGAGACUUCAACCUCUAGUGAUUACCCUGAAUAUACUGCUUGCAUUGGCUGUCAUCGUCGCUCUUCCUGCCGCAACACCCAAAGAGUUCAGGAAUAGUGCAGGAUACGCUUUUGGAACCUUUGAUAACCUAUCCGGCUGGCCGAACGGCUUUGCAUUCUUCCUGAGUUUUCUAGCUCCGCUCUGGGCUGUCGGCGCAUUUGAUUCAUCAACCCAUCUGAGCGAAGAGGCCAAGAACGCGAACGUCGCAGUCCCAUGGGCUCUCAUGUGCUCGACGACCAUAGCGAGUAUCUUAGGCUGGGGCAUCAUCAUAUCCAUUGUUUUCAACAUGGGCACCGAUCUUCAGGCUAUCCUCGCCAGCGACAUCGGACAACCUAUGGCUGCCAUCCUCUUCAAUAGUUUCGGUCGCAAAGGGACGCUCGCUGUAUGGAUCGUGGUGGUUAUCGUACAAUUUACCAUGGGUGUGGACAUGCUUGUUGUUUGUUCUCGACAGAUGUACGCUUUCUCUCGCGAUGGAGCCCUCCCUCUGUCUGGUAUCAUCCGGCGCGUUAACCCAACGACACGCACUCCGAUUUACGCAGUCUGGUUCGCUGCCUUCAUCAGCGCUCUACUAGGACUCUUGGCCUUCGCUGGCGCCAAUGCCAUUGGUGCCAUCUUUUCUCUGGUCAUAGCCGGCCAGUACACGGCCUACUCAAUCCCCAUCUGCGCACGAUUCUUGGGCCAGAACUCAUUCAGACCAGGACCUUUCACGCUUGGGCGUGCGGGCGCACCUGUGGCCACAGGUGCUGUGCUUUUCAUGACUUUCAUCCUCAUCGUCUUCCUAUUUCCGGCCACUCCGGGCCCUUCACCUGCGACGAUGAACUACACAGUUGUCGUAUGGGGCGGCACCCUUGCCCUCGCUGCUGCUUACUUCUAUCUCCCGGUAUAUGGCGGCAAGCAUUGGUUCAAGGGUCCAGUCGUUACUGUGGAGGGACCUCGUGAUGGCAAAGAUGCAAGGGAGGAAAUGAGGAACGAGAAGAACUGA